AUGAUCGCAUCAAACAGAGUUGCAGCCGACAGGCUGGUGCUGCGAUUGCCGUGGGAUUCUCGACAUCAUGCGGGGUUGCUGAGCAGUGCCUUGCUUCGAGAUUACUAUUUGCAUGCAGAGCUCCCGCCUCCUGGUUGCAUCCUUUCUCUUCGACUUCUUGAUGAGGUUCUAGUACGUUUGGAUAUCCUUGUGGUGUUUCCAAUGCCAUCGUUGGGAACGAUUGUGACAUGUACUGAGAAGACGGAGGUUUUGCUGAUCCCCGCCCUGCCACCGUCACUGUCAUCCGAGCGCUUACUCGACCCAUCGCCACAAUGCUACUCUGAAGGAAGUGAACUACCAGCCCUCAUACGCUUGGGAUUGCACGGCAACCCCUUGCUAGAACGCACUGGCCUCGCACCGUCACGUUCCUUUUUGGUGACAGGCGAAUAUAGCUGUGGAAAGACAAGCGCUGUUGCGAGCUCUGCCUAUGCGGCUGGAGCACAUUUUAUCCGUGCCUCGGCAUGUGACGUCUUGCGCACAGUGGCGACCGAGGAUGGGAAGCUGCAUGCAAUGCGAUACUACAUGCGGGCAGCUCGAGCCGCGCAGCCUGCAGUUUUGCUACUGGAUGACGUCCAAUUUCUUUUCCCACCAGACGAUGAUGAUGCGGCAGCUGCGUUUAUUGUUGUGAUGGAUGAGGAGAGAGUCCAGGCAGCUGCCAAAUUCGUGAUUGUGCUUGGCUGUUCGACGAAUGCCGAAUCGGUGCAUAGAAGGGUUGCAGAAGCGACUGAUGUGCUACUGCCCCUCGCCUUGGAUCCUGAAGGGCGAACAGCAGUUGCAGUAGCGAGCAAAGUGAAAGGGCGAUUCCGUGAGCUCAGUGAGGGAAGGGGUGCAUUUGGAAACGUGAAGAUGCAGACGGGGACGAUUCAACCAACAAUAGAAGUUGUCGGGGACAGACGGCCAACUACUACCGAAAAAAAUGUGGGCACUGCCGAUGCAAUUGAUCGUUCGAGAACAGAGCGGCUCAUAAAGAGCUGGGUAGAUAUGUCUGGUCGCUUGGGAGGCCUGGAGGAGCCACAGAAAAUUCUGAAGAGAGUCUUCUUAUGGCGCCAGACGAAAGCCCACACCUUUGCUGAAUUAGGUGUGAAGCCCAGCGUGGGCGUGUUGUUGUAUGGUUGUCCAGGAACAGGAAAGACUGCCCUAAUACGGCAAGCAGCUUCUGCCGCUCAAUUCAAAAUCAUUCCAGUCAGUGCUGCGUCACUUGCUCGAGGUGAGAUAGGAGCUUCAGAGCGGCUACUAUCACAGAUAUUCAAAAAUGCACAUAGGUCAUCACCUUGUGUUGUCUUCAUGGAUGAGAUUGACGCCUUGUUCGCUACCGCAACCGCGACAUCACCGCAUCUUGUAAGACUGGUGGCGGCACUCUCACUACUUAUGGACAACCUGUGCAAAGAUGUCAUCGUAAUUGGCGCUACCAACAGACCGUGGAUGGUUUCAGCAGGCCUUCUUCGUCCAGGGCGGUUUGAGCAUUGUGUGAAGGUGUCAUUGCCUAAUUCGAUAGAGCGGGGGCAGAUUGCCGCCGUGUACGCCGCCAAGAUGCAACUGCAGAGUCAUGACAGACAUUGCUUCGAGAACCUCUUACGCAGUACCGACGCUGAGGGUCUUUCGGGGGCGGACAUUGCGGGCCUCAGUCGUAGAGCGGUUAUGGCCUCAGUAUGCAGAGGUUCCAAAAUCGAAAUCGGAGACUUGAAGAAUGCCUUUAAUUGCACAGUGCCAUCUGUGAGCCCAGCCGAGGCCGUGCGCUUGGAGAGCUGGAACGCAACGCGUUAA